AUGGAUGAAAUAUCUGUAAAAACUGAAGGCGAUUCCAUGCUAGAAUAUUAUCCGAAAUUGCAAAUCAUUGAUGAGAAAUUGAUCAAGCAACUAGUUGAGGAUGCUGUUGAUUGGGCACAUGCGAAUGGUAUGGUAAUGAGGACAGCAACAGCUACCGAUAGUAGUGAUAUAUGUCAAACAGCUCCCUGUACCCUCUUUCCUUCACCAUUUCCUUGCAUCUUAUUUCAGGAAGCUAUGGACAUUCAGCAGACAUUUAAUAUGUUAUAUUUUCGAAUAUCUUGGGAUUUCGACUUCUUGAUCAAAUCACAUGCCGAGGUGGUAAAAACUGAUGAUUUUACGAGGCAUUUUGUGGAAAUUCUUAAUGCGAUUCGCAGCUCAGACUUUUGUCAAAAGAAUACGUUGUUGAUACAGAGAAAUGAUUAUAUGUGUCAUGAAGAUAGUUAUGGAAAUCAUUCGCUAAAACAGAUUGAAGUGAACAAUAUAGCCGCAAGCAUGGGCUCACUUGCGGAACGUGUUACUUGCAUGCAUAGAAGAACCAUGGGAACAUUACAGCUUUCUGAUAAAAUUAUUGAAAAGACUCUUCUAGAUAAUCAUCCGACGACCACAAUUGCAAAGGGAAUCUGCGAAGCGUGGUUUGAUUAUGGAGUACCAGAAGCAAUUAUAUUAUUUGUGGUUGAAGAUGCUAAUCAAAAUCAAAUUGAUCAAAGACAUGUGGAAUAUCGUAUUGAUGAACUCAGCAAUAGAAGUGCAAGAUGUUUUCGUAUCACAUUAACUGAUGCUGCAAAGAGAUUAAAAGUUAACGAAACCAAUCAUCAUCUUAUAUUGGAUAACAAAUGGUGUGUAGCAGUUGUAUAUUUUCGAGCCGGUUACUCACCUAAUAAUUAUCCGACGGAAACAGAAUGGACUGCUCGUCGUACCAUCGAAUUAUCGGAUGCAGUGAAAUGUCCCUGGAUUGGUCUGCAGUUAGCAAACACCAAAAAAGUACAGCAGGUUUUAUCCGAAAGUGGUGUUCUGGAAAAGUAUAUUACUGAUAAUAAAAUGUGUGCGAGAAUUCGAAAAACAUUUGCUGGUAUGUGGGGACUGGAAAAUAAUGAUGAUAAAACACAAAAGAUAAUUCAGGAUGCAAUUGCACAUCCAGAAAAGUUCGUCUUGAAACCUCAACUGGAAGGUGGAGGUGGAAAUUAUUAUGGAAAAGAAGUUGCGGAAAAGUUGAAAACAAUGAGUAAGGAUGAAAUGGCGGCACAUAUAAUUAUGGAACGUAUCACUCCGAUGGUUGUUAAGAACUACGUGAUUCGACCACAACAGGAACCAGUUCUAAUGGAUGUAGUAGGAGAAUUAGGGAUUUACGGUUAUCUUUACGGAUCGUCUGCUGUUAAUAACAUUCUAGCAGAGAAUGUCGUGAAGAACUAUGUUGGUGGACAUAUCAUCCGAAGCAAGAAUAAAGACGUCGACAAAGGAGGGGUAGCUAUUGGUGCCGCAGUCAUCGAUUCGCCUUAUUUGUUUUGA